AUAUAAAAGCGGCAGCUAUGAGAGAACAGCCAAAAUUACUGAAACCAAGUGAAAGAAGAAAAGCGAGCAGGAAUCCCCCCCAGGUGACUGUCCACCUCUGCUCCGUCUUUUGGUCAGCAAGGGGCACUUGGAGCCUGACGGAGCUGUCCCGUUUGUUCCCACAGCAUCCAUCCCCGCGCUCAGGCACCAGGAGCCUCCCUUAGAUCAGAUCAAGUCAGUGUGCCAUUGCCUUCCCCCCAGCAAAUAUGGCUCCUACCCUCGCCACAGCCUUCAACCGCCGCUGGUGGAUGGCCGUCACAGCGGUCAUCGAAAACCUGCUCUUCUCUGCUGUGCUGCUCGGCUGGUCGUCCCUGCUCAUCAUGCUGAAGUCUGAGGGCUUCUACUCCUACCUGUGCAAAGCACCAGAAAACAGCUCCAGUCUCAACAUCUCCAACUCAUCCAUGUAUAAGACUGACGGUGAGGCAGAGGAGUUCCUGCUGAUGAAUAACUGGCCUAUCUGCAAGGACCAAGAUGAGAUGCUGAAUCUGGCCUUCACUGUGGGAUCCUUCCUGCUGUCAGCCAUUACUCUGCCCCUGGGCAUUGUCAUGGACAAAUAUGGGCCGCGUAAGCUAAGACUUCUUGGAAGUGCAUGCUUCGCCUUCUCCUGCCUCCUAAUUGCUUAUGGUGCCAGUGAUCCCAAAAAUCUUUCCAUCCUGAUCUUCUUUGCUCUGGCGAUGAAUGGCUUUGGAGGCAUGUGUAUGACCUUCACCUCUCUGACGCUUCCCAACAUGUUUGGAGACCUGAGGUCGACCUUCAUUGCCCUGAUGAUCGGAUCCUAUGCUUCCUCUGCUGUCACGUUCCCUGGCAUUAAGGUUAUUUAUGAUCUGGGGGCUGCCUUCAUCUCUAUCCUGCUGGUUUGGGCUGGCUGCGCCUGCCUCGUCUUCCUCAACUGCUUCGUUAACUGGCCUCUGGAGCCCUUCCCAGGUCCAGAGGACAUGGACUUCACGGUUAAGAUCAAGUUCAGCUGGCUGGGAUUUGACCACAAGAUCACAGGGAAACAGUUUUACCGGCAGGUGACCACGGUGGGCCGCCGUCUUAGUGUGGGGAACGCAAUAAAGCAGCCGCAGCAGCCGUCCAAAGAUCUGUCAACGCAGAACGCCAACAAACUGUGCCUGUCCACUGUCGACCUGGAAGUGAACUGCAAAGGCAACAAAGAGUCCCAGUCUUUCAUGAGGAGCGUCCUCAGUCCCAUCUUCUUGCUGAGCCUCAUCACCAUGUGUGUUACUCAACUGCGACUCAUCUUCUACAUGGGAGCCAUGAACGCCAUCCUGGAGUCGCUUACAGACGGAGACCUGAACACAGUGGAUAGGAUGCAAGUGGUGGGCGUGUACGCGUCCAUCUUUGGCGUGCUCCAGCUUCUGUGUUUGAUCACCUCUCCUGUGAUUGGCUAUGUCAUGGACUGGAAGCUCAAAGACUGUGAGGAUGAGAAUGACAAGACUGUCAAAAGUGAACCUGGUCAGCCCCGGCGCCCGACCAAAAAGAUCCAGAAAAUCAUCAAUGCCACCAGAGCUUUCAUCUUCACCAACCUGCUGCUGGUCGGCUUUGGAGUCACCUGCAUCAUACCAAACCUGCCGCUUCAGAUUCUGUCCUUCAUCCUGCACACAAUAGUCAGAGGCUUCAUCCACUCUGCUGUUGGAGGCCUAUAUGCUGCUGUGUACCCAUCCUCUCAGUUUGGCAGCCUGACAGGCAUGCAGUCCCUGAUCAGCGCUCUGUUUGCUCUGCUGCAGCAACCUCUCUUCAUGGCUAUGGUGGGACCCCUGGAGGGAGACCCUCUAUUGGUGAACGUGGGUCUGUUGGUGCUGAGCAUGCUGGGAUUCUGCCUGCCCUUCUACCUGCUGUGCCACAGCCGCCACCUCCAACGCCUCAGAGACGAGCGCGAGGAAGACCCCAAGGUCUACAUCAAGAUGAACAACGACAGUGCUCCUGAGGCCAGUGUGUAGAACGGAAUGAAGAAGAAGAAGCACAGAGAGCUGGAGGAGAUCAACUCUGUCUGACACGUGUGAUGAACCUAUACGCAGACACAUCUUCUACACUCACACAGAAACCAAAAUUGAACCGUUAUUUCUGCAAGCGUGAACUCUGAGAUGACUGGUUUCAUCUUCUCUGAUUCUCACUGAAAAACACAGCACAAACUCAAAGGCCUUGGGGAGAUCACAGUUUCUCCCAUCAUGACCCAAAACUGACUAAAAGGGGAGAGAUAAGAAGCUGCGGUGGACUUUCCCUUAAUCCCUCCUCCUCCUCCUCACCCCUGCCAUUUUGUAUUCACAGUGUUUCACCUGACAGAAGCACAGGAGAAGAUGGCACUUGACAGUAAUCAACAGUGUGACCCUUCUUGGUCCUAAUUUGCAGCACCACAGGCAUUUUGUGUGUGUUUACAAACACACACACACAGAAAAUAGAGCAGCAUCCUGUGCCCUGUCUUCUCCACUAACCCCCUGUUAGCAGAAACCCACAAUGCAACAGCUUUGGGAUCAGUGCAAAACACACUGAUAAGUCACUAAGGAAGCACAGCAGUAUCUGUGUGUGUGUUAUAUUGUUGGUGCAUGAUCCCAGUGACAGUGUUGAUCCACCAGAGCAGGAAAACAGAUGUCCGUGCAGCUGUUCUCUGUCCUUAUGUUUGAAAAACCUGACAGAUCUUGUGUUAGUUUAGAGCAUGGUCUCUGAUGUGAUGAUAAAUCCUGAUCCAUUGAUGUGAAGUAAUAUUUAGGGCAGGUACACAUAACAAAGACAGCACAUUUUUAAAGGUUGGAGUAGUAUCCAUACACAAUUACACAAUGAAAUUAGAGUAUUUGUUCAUAUCAGCAAUAGGUAUUCCUGUGCAGUGCUGGGCACUUGACAUUCACCCAAAUCUAUGUGUUCAUUUGAUAAAGUCUGUUCCUACACUAUGGAAGGUGCUAGAUAGAAUACCAGAAAUAAUGUGUUUGCAUUUUGUUUCAGAGUGCAGCUGAGGUGGUAUUACUGCAAACAGACAAAUCAAAUCUCCAUUUUUAUCCUUCACAAGUCUGAUUCCAAAGAAUCACUGCAGCUACAGUUUCAUGUAGCUUUUGAUUUAUUUUUAUUUCUUAUGUGUUUCGUGGCAAUCCCACAACGUUCAACAUGGUGUGCAGCCCUAUCAGCAGCAGCAGCUCAGGGAAACUUGACUCCACCUCAUACACCUGGGAACGGCAGUUUGCUUGAUGGUAACUAGGCAUGGGCUACAUCUCAUAGAAACCUAGAGUACAAAUAUCCCAUUUUCACAGUGUUUGCACAAAUAUUUUAAACAAAACUGUAUUACAUUGCCUGAUUGAUUUUUUUUAUUUAUUUAGCAAUGAUUCCACUCAAGCAAAAACAAUUUUAGACAUUGCUUAUUAUAGCUAUAAUAAUGUAAUCUAUACUAAAUAGUUGUUAUUUCAAUAGACUAAUUUAAAUAGA